AUGGAGCGAAAGGAACAUUUAACCUUGACUUUCCACAGUCCUGAGGUUCCCAAGAUAAAGGGGAACCGGAAAUACCAAAGGCCUACCCUCCCUGCCAAGAAACAUCCAAGUGCCUUGAUGUCAUCCCAAGGGCAGCAGCAGCUUAUGGAUCAGGCACACAUCUACAUCCGAAUACUCUGUGGCAGCCUCUGUAGUUUUAGCCUCCUAAUGCUGAUCGCCAUGUCCCCACUGAACUGGGUACAGUUCCUGGUGAUCAAGAAUGGCCUUGAGCUCUACGCAGGACUCUGGACCUUAUGCAACCAUGAGCUGUGCUGGAACCACACACCCAAGCCACCCUAUUAUCUCCAAUAUUCCAGGGCCUUCUUUCUCAUCUCUGUCUUUACCAUACUCAUUGGCCUUGGCUGGCUCUUCAGCUCUUGGCUCCCUAGUCGAGGAAGCAUGACCACCAACUUGGAUCUGAAGGUAUCCAUGCUCAGCUUCAUCUCAGCUACCUGCUUGCUCCUCUGCCUCAACCUGUUUGUGGCACAGGUUCACUGGCAUACUAGGGAUGCCAUGGAGUCAGAUCUCCUAUGGACCUAUUAUCUUAACUGGUGCAGUGACAUCUUUUACAUGUUUGCUGGCAUCAUCUCUCUUCUCAACUACUUAACUUCCAGAUCUCCUGCCCAUGAUGAAAAUGUCACUGUGAUUCCAACAGAGAGAUCAAGGCUAGGGAUUGGUCCAGUGACUACAGUAUCACCUGCUAAAGAUGAAGAAGAGGCCGGGCGCGAGCCAAGGUCUGAGAUGGAAUCUCUAAGUGUGAGAGAGAAAAAUUUACCAGAGGCAGGACUGUGA